GUCAAAUAAAGUUACACGGCCUCAACCUUCUUCAAUCCAUCUGAAAAUAAUAAUAACAAUCAUCAUUAUCAUCAUCACCAUGUAUCGAGACCACCUAAUCUUCACUCUGCUGUCACUGUGUGUGUGCCUCUCUGUGGAAGGUGCAGCCACAAGGGAAACUAUCAUGGAGGUAAAGUCGGUGACUGGGGAAGACUCUAUUCUAGAGUGCAUGGCAGUUUACAAAGAAGGCGUCGAGUACCGAGCAGUGAGGUGGUACAAGGUCUUAGAGCCUAUGUCGUCUCAGCUCAGCGGCCUCUUGACCAGAGACCUCCCCAACGGCACGACAAGAUGGUACGCCGGCUUGGAUCGAGAGGUGGAGCUGCUGGGCGAGUCCCGCAACAUCCUCCUGCCCAAUGUGACGUGUGGCGACAGCGGCUCGUACAUAUGUCACCUGGCAGCACCUGUGGGAGAGCAGAACAGGGAGGGGAAGGUUGUCCUCACUGUGACAGAUUGUCCCACAGAAAAACAGAUGACAGAUACUUACUUGGUCAUUUUUGCUUCAGCAGUGCUGAUGUUAGCACUUCUGAUAUUCCUCAUAAGCUAUGGUAGUCUGAGGAAUGUUCUCAGAGACAGAAGCAGGCCGACAAAAAAAGACGUUUUAUUGGAUGCGCCGCUUAAACCGCUUGAAAAAAAGGACUUGAUGUUGAUCUACACUUUGGGUCCGAAAUCAUCCACAACGAAGCACAUCUGUGUUUAAAGACAAAGCCAGUGCUUUAACUAGAAACAACUACCUGAAGAUUCCUUCUCCGAGAUACAAUUCAGAUUCAAUUCAGAUCUCAGUUGGUCCGAAGUAUUGACAGUGGAUUUUGGCAUGAAAAAUUUGGGGUAAAACAUCCAGUAUGUGCAGGAGGAUCAUCACCCUCAACUUUAUCCUGAAAAUGACCUCGUCAGCGGGAAACCAAACUGUAAAAACAAGGCAACAAAGCAGUCAGGUUUGGUUGCUUGGACACCGUCAAUGACACUUUCUGUUUAUUGAUGCCUCGACUUCAAACUCCAACUAGAACCAACUUGUAGAAAACCAUUCGGGAAGUAAUAAUAAAAAAAACAAAAUAACGAACUGUUAGGUAGCUGGAACUGGACUCUGUCACCGCCCCCGUCACUGCGAAGGAGGGGUGUCCUCAGACGGGGCUGCUGUGGCUCCUCCUGUCCACAUGUCGAAGUGUCCUUGGGCAAGAGGCUGAACCCCACAUUGCUCCCGAUGGUCGGACCUGCACCUUGUAAGGUGGUGGUGCAACCGGUCAUCUGUGUGUGUGUGUGUGUGUGUGUGUGUGUGUGUGUGUGUGUGUGUGUGUUUGGCUAACAGAUAAAGCAACUUAUCCAUACUGAAAUGUAAUGUAUGCCCAAAUAUUGAAUUUCAGAUAUUGAGUUCAGUCAUUUAUUUACAAAUGAAGUAAAAACACACAGUAUAUGUACAAAUAUGUGAAAAAUUAUCCAUGAAACCUGUAGUACCUACACUAAGUCUUGCACAUACUAAGAUUUAUGUUUAUAUGUUAGGUAAAUAUAUAUCCAUCCAUCCAAGAUAGACAUGUCUGUCUUAAAUUAUGAGGAAAACUAGUAAUUAUGAUGUUUUAAUAUAAUAUAUCUAAAUAUAUAUCAUUAACAAAUAUGGUCACAACAUAAAAUAC